AUGUCGUCAUUUGUUAAAGGCUUAUUCAGUCAUACUAGAAAGUCAAUAGAUUUGACAUCAAAUCCACUUCAUACAAGUAUUCAAAUCCGUACUGCUAAAAAAAGAGUUUCUGGUUCAAGAACCAAUAAUAAAGAUUCAGCAGGGAGAAGAUUAGGACCCAAAAAAAAUGAAGGACAUUUUGUUAAUCCCGGUCAAAUCAUUAUGAGACAAAGAGGUACUAAGAUUCAUCCUGGUGAUAAUGUUAAAAUUGGGGUUGAUCAUACUAUUUUUGCCGUUGAACCAGGUUAUGUAAGAUAUUAUUUUGAUCCUUUCCAUCCAUUAAGAAAAUAUGUUGGUGUUUCUUUAAAGAAAAAUUUAAAAUUACCAAGACCACAUUUUGAACCAAGAUUAAGAAGAUUUGGAUACGUUCAAAUUACUGAUCCUAUUGAAGCACAAGAAGAAGAAGCUAGUCAAUCUAGAAAAGAAAUGUUAGCUCAACCUGAAUUAGAAAAAUUGAAGGAAAAGAAAUUAAAUGAAAAAAUACAAUUUAUUGAAUCUACUAAAACUGCAUUAGUUAAUGAAUUUGGAUUUGACUCGGAACCAUCAUCAAAACAAUUGGAAGAUGCAAGUGAACGAUUAUAUAAUAUUUAUCAAUUACGUGCUAGUGGUCAACUGUUAUCAGAAGCUAGAAUUCAAACCACAUUCAACACUCUUUAUGAUUUGAAAUUACAAGCUCAAAAAAAUAAUAUUGAUUCUUUACCUAAUUUACUUAAUGAAGCUAAAGAAUUUAUUACUAGAAUAGAUUCAAUUGUUGGAAUUGAACCUACAGGAGAACUUUUCAAGAAUUUAACUAAAGAAGAACAAUUGAACUUACAAAAGGAAAUAAGUUCAGAAUUGGAUACCCUUUAUCAAACUAAAGCUCUUGAAAAAGAUUAUAGAAUUGAAGCUAAGAAACUUAUUAAUACCCCAGGAGUAUUUGAACCAUUACAAAGAGAAGAAUUGAUGGCUAAAUAUUUACCUCAAGUAUUACCAAUGGAUUAUCCAGGUUCAGUAAUUGAAAUUUCUGAUUCUGAUUCUAAAAAUAAAAAUAAAAAAUUAUCAGAAAAUAUUGUUAUUCAACGUAUAUUUGAUGAAACAACUAGAAAAGUCAAACUUAUAGGAAGACCAAAAGAAGCCUUUGCUUCAGCAUAA